AUGAGCCCAGGAAUCAUGACGACCACGGAGGUUUAUCUGCUGCCGCUCAACGACGACGGCUCGCCCCAGGUUGCGGGAGAGUACAUCUACCUCGAUCCCACCGGUGAUGACCCCAUCACCAUCAGAUUUGCCAUUGAGGGCACCUCGUCCAUCUGCCGCAAUGGAAGCCUUUGGGUCAACAUUCCGGAGCAGGGGGCCGAGUUUAGGCGGGACAAGUUCCGAGAGUACAAGCUAACGCCCGACUUCAACCGCACCCUCGAAAUCUCCAUCCCCAUCUACGAGUCCGGCGUCUUUGCCUUCUACACCACCUAUGCCGAGCUGCCCAACCUCGAUGCAGACGAUGCUCCAAAGUCCACAAACGGCCACGAGGCUCUCAAGAAGACUCCGGUAUACUACAUCGAUGUUGCUCCCCGCCUUAAGCUGGAUGGCCGGCCAUUGCCUCUGCCGGCGUUGUCGCUCUUCUCCAUCAUCAGCAAGCUCAUGGGCCGCUUCCCUGGUGAUUGGGAGCGACACCUGCGGGGCAUCAGCGAGAGGGGAUACAACAUGAUACACUUUACCCCUCUGCAGAUCCGUGGCAGCUCAAACUCGCCGUACAGUCUGUAUGACCAAUUGGGCUGGGAUCCCGCCUGUUUUCCCCGGGGCGAGAAGGACAUUGAGCAGCUGGUCGAGAGUCUCGAGCAAAAGUACUCAUUGCUGAGCUUGACAGACAUUGUCCUCAACCACACUGCACACAACACAGAGUGGUUACAGGAGCAUCCAGAGGCCGGUUACAAUUUGAAAACGGCUCCAUGGCUGCAGUCUGCGUAUGAGCUUGAUACGAAGCUGCUGGAGCUUGGCGGUCAGCUUGAGAAGCUGGGACUGCCCGUUGAUAUCAAGACCACAGAGGAUCUCUUGGAGCUCAUGGAAGGAAUCAAAAAACACGUCAUUCUCGAGCUCCAGCUAUGGGAAUAUUAUGCCAUCAAUGUCGAGCGAGACGCUGACAGCAUCAUCGAGGCUUGGGUUGGCGGCAAGGCCAUCCCUCCCCAGAACGGCGUUGCUACGUUAAGCGAUUUCGAGCAUCUCAAGACGGCAGAGCUCAAGGAGCAAGCAGAAUUCAUUAAGAAAUUUGCUCUCCAGGGAACGGAUCGCCUAGGAGAGCGGUUCCGCCGACGUGUCGAGCCCAAUGUCGCCGCUACCUUGCUGUCGUUUUCUCUUGGCCGAUACGAGGGCGAAAGCACACAGUCAGCCGACAAGGCGGCCGCUAAAGCCAAGUUGGUUGAGGUUCUGGAUGCCAUAAACGUUGCUUUCUAUGAAGAGUACGACAAGGAUCUUAACCAGAUUCUGGAGCAACUCUUCAACCGUAUCAAGUACGUUCGCAUCGAUGACCACGGACCCAAGCUAGGUCCGAUUAAUGCAGCCAACCCUAUUAUUGAGACAUACUUUUCCCGACUUCCAGUCAAUGAAAAAACGUCGAAGCUUUCUCCUGGGGAGAGAGCGCUGGCUAAUAAUGGCUGGGUAUGGGGUGGCAACGCGUUGGUGGACAACGCUGGGCCCGACUCUCGUGUGUACCUGAAGCGAGAAGUUAUUGUCUGGGGCGACUGCGUCAAGUUGCGAUACGGCUCUCGCCGGGAAGAUAGCCCGUGGCUGUGGGAUCAUAUGACAAAGUACGCCCAGAUGCUGGCCAAGUACUUUGCCGGCUUCCGUAUCGACAACUGCCAUUCCACCCCAAUCCAUGUCGCGGAGCACAUCUUGGACGAGGCAAGAAGAGUUCGACCAAAUCUCUAUGUUGUCGCCGAGCUCUUUACCGGGUCCGAGGAGAUGGACUAUGUCUUUGUGAAACGGCUUGGAAUCAGUUCACUCAUCCGCGAAGCCAUGCAAGCAUGGAGCACGGGAGAGCUGAGCAGACUUGUUCAUCGACAUGGCGGUCGUCCUAUUGGCAGCUUUGAGGUUGACGACGUCUCUAAGUCGGAUGUUACUAUACCCUCGGGUUCAAAGGGCAGCAUGGAUCUUAAGAGGGAGAUCAUCCGGAGGAUACGGCCCUCGCCAGUUCACGCCUUGUUCAUGGACUGCACACAUGACAACGAGCCACCCACCCAGAAGCGUGACGCGCGAGACACGCUACCCAACGCUGCCCUUGUCAACAUGUGCUCCAGUGCUACGGGAAGCGUUAUGGGCUAUGACGAAAUUUAUCCCAAGUUGGUUGAUCUUGUGAAUGAGAAACGUUUGUACACAUCUGAAGCGUCGAGGACCUCGUCGAUCAAGAUAGGGAGAGGCAAGGGCGGCAUUGCUAGCAUCAAGAAGCUCUUGAACCAGAUUCAUACUCUCAUGGGCAAGGAUGGCUACAACGAAACUCACAUUCACCACGAAGGAGAGUACAUUACCGUGCACAGAGUGCAUCCCGAAUCCAGAAAGGGCUACUUCCUAAUUGCUCACACUGCGUUUCCCGGGUAUGGCAAUGGAAGAGGAGAAUUCAAUCCAGUGCUUCUAACAGGAACUCGAGCCAAUCACCUUGGCAGCUGGAUGCUCGAGGUCGAUGACAGGGAAGAAACCAUCAAGACCGUCGAGACCGACACCAAGUUCCUUCGAGGCAUUCCCAGCCAGGUCGUGGAUGUGCCUGGAAUCAAGAUGGACUAUCAAGGCCAAGACACCAUAAUCUCCGUUCGGGAUAAGUUCCCGCCCGGUAGCAUUGCGCUUUUCGAGACUUGGAUUCCCACUGCAGAACACUCCACGGGCUUGGACAACUACGUUACCUCUAGCGCAAAGGCAGCUUGGGCCAAUUUGAAUCUCAUCGAUCUCAACUUCUUGCUGUAUCGGUGUGAGGCAGAGGAGAGAGACGCCAGUAACGGACAGGACGGGGUUUAUGAUAUUCCCGGCCACGGAAAGCUCGUCUAUGCAGGCCUGCAAGGAUGGUGGAGUAUCCUCGAAGGGGUCAUCCGCGACAACAACCUUGGACACCCCAUCUGUCAAAACCUGCGAGACGGCCCCUGGGCACUAGACUACAUCGUAGGUCGAAUCCAAAAGCAAAGCCACACGCCUGGCAGUGAGGGUCUUGCCGGACCUGCAGCCUGGCUCCGAGAGCGGUUUGAAGCCAUUAGGGCUAUUCCAAGCUUCCUGCUGCCUAGGUACUUUGCACUCGCCAUCCGCACCGCGUACCGAGCCAGCGUUGAACGAGCCCUGGAGCUGAUGAACGAUCAUGUUGCCAAGGGCCAGUGGUUCCUCGGAAGUCUUGCCAUGGUCAGCGUGCAGCAAACCGGGCUGGUCAAAUCCGCUUCUCUCUGGCCAGACAAGCAGGUGCCGUCUAUUGCUGCUGGCCUACCGCACUUUGCAGUGCAGUGGGCUCGAUGCUGGGGCCGAGACGUCUUCAUCUCUAUUCGUGGACUCUAUCUCGGCACUAGCCGUUUUGCUGAGGCAAAGGAGCACAUCCUUGCAUUUGCCAGCGUUCUGAAGCACGGCAUGAUACCCAAUCUCUUGAGCAGCGGCGCCGCUCCUCGGUACAACUCGAGAGAUUCGGUGUGGUUUUUCCUUCAGACGAUCCAAGAUUACACCCACUUUGCGCCUGAGGGACUUGAUCUGCUCAAGACAAAGGUCAGGCGUCGUUUCCUUCCGUAUGACGAUACUUGGUUCCCAGUGGACGAUGCACGGACAUACUCUAAGGAGAGCACAAUCGAAGAAAUCAUACAGGAGGCUCUCCAGAGACACGCCUCAGGAAUGAAGUAUCGUGAGGCGAAUGCUGGACCCCAGAUCGACUCGCAGAUGAAAGAUGAAGGCUUCAACCAAGAGAUCAAGGUCGACUGGAGUAAUGGACUUAUUUUCGGCGGCAACCAGUUCAACUGUGGCACUUGGAUGGACAAGAUGGGAGAGAGCGACAAGGCCGGAUCAAAGGGCGUCCCCGGAACUCCACGCGAUGGUGCCGCCGUCGAAAUCACCGGUAUGCUCUACAGCACACUGAGAUGGGUAGAACAGCUCCACAAGCAAGGAAAGUUUGCUCAGCCGGGCGUCAAGACUGCAGAAGACAAGGCCGUCUCGUGGACGGAGUGGGCUGAUCUCAUCAAGGCCAACUUUGAGAAAUGCUACUACGUGCCGCUGUCUGCUGAAGAAGAUGCCAAGUAUGACGUUAACCCUAGCGUUAUCGCUCGCCGAGGCAUGUAUAAGGAUCUGUACAAGUCUGGAAAGGAACAUGAAGACUACCAGCUGCGACCAAACUUUACCAUCGCCAUGACGGUGGCAACUGACCUGUUCGACCCCGAGCAUGCCUGGCAGGCUCUAUGUCUUGCAGAUUCGACGAUCCGCGGACCCACUGGCAUGGCAACUCUGGACCCUGCAGACAAGGACUACCGACCAUUCUACCGAAACAGCGAGGACAGCCACGACUUUGCCACAAGCAAAGGCCGAAACUACCACCAGGGACCUGAGUGGCUGUGGCCAACGGGCUUCUUCCUCCGCGCGCUGCUGAAAUUCGACCUUCAGCGGAGAAAGACGGCUGAGGGCAGGACGGAAGCAUUCCAGCAGGUGACUAGAAGGCUGGCGGAGUGCAAACGAGCCAUUCGCGAGAGCCCGUGGGCGGGUCUUACUGAGCUUACGCAGAAGAAUGGAGAGUUUUGUGGCGAUUCUAGCCCAACUCAGGCAUGGUCUGCUGGCUGUCUCAUUGAUCUGUACAUGGACGCCAUGGAGGAGCAGGAGAGCUUGAAGAAAUGAGAGAUGCUUUACGUACGCGACAUGACAAUUCACGAGUAAAUGAUAUUAGCAUGAUGUAAAGGGAAAGCAUUUUCGGGGGAGAAGGGCGUAUUACACAUGUGUUACUUUGCAAGCUGAAUGAAGAAGAAAAAAAAGAAGGUGUUUUAUUG